AUGGUCCUGGAAUCAACUUUGACUUCAGAUAUGCCAUUUUCGACAGCGGCUAGGCAGCGUACACCUAAAAUGAGUAACGGAGACGGGAGCAACGGGGUGGAGGCUGAGCCUGCUGGCGGAAGCAUGCCUAUUGCCCUUAUUGGAAUGAGUUGCCGAUUCCCUGGCGACGCUACCAACCCGGAGAAGUUUUGGAAGCUCUGUGCAGAGGGCCGGAGUGCAUGGUCCAAGAUCCCCGCUGACAGGUUCGACGUGAACGCGUUCUAUAAUCCAUCCGGCGAGCAGAGAACUACGACUAAAGUGAUCGGUGGGCACUUCCUCAGUGAGGACAUCGGACUCUUUGAUGCCACCUUUUUCAACAUGACGCCCGAAGUUGCUGCUUGCCGCCUCCAGCUCGAGUCCGUGUUUGAGGCGUUCGAGUCCUGCGGAGUGACGCUGGAGAAGAUCGCUGGCUCGCCAACGGGAGUCUAUGCUGCGACAUUUGUCAACGAUUACGUGGAUAGUCUUAUGCGGGACCCCGACACGUUCCCACGCUUUCUGCUGGCGGGGAACGGUGCCACGAUGAUGGCCAACCGGAUCUCACACUUUUAUGAUCUUCGCGGGCCCAGCCUGACGCUCGAUACGGGCUGCUCCAGUGCACUGGUCGCGCUGAACCAAGCUUGCCAGAGCCUCAUGCUCGGGGAUGCCAAGAUGGCUGUCGUGGCGGCUGCCAACCUGGCCAUCAACCCCGACAUUUUCAUCCUCAUGACCAGCCUGGGGGUCCUGAGUGCCGAGGGAAAGUCGUACGCCUUUGACGAUCGGGCGUCGGGCUAUGGCCGUGGCGAGGGUAUCGGCACGCUCAUCCUGAAGCCCCUGAAGGACGCGUUGCGCGAUGGCGAUCCGAUCCGGGCAAUUGUGCGGCAGACGUUCCUCAACCAGGACGGCAAGACGCCGACGAUCACGUCGCCGAGCCAGCUGGCCCAAGAAGAGCUCAUCCGCGACUGCUAUGCCCGGGCGGCUCUCGACCCGCUGGAGACGCCUUAUGCUGAAGCCCACGGGACAGGCACGCAGGUGGGCGACUCGACGGAAGCGGCAGCCCUGCAGGCGACGCUCGGAAGCGGUCGUCCUCGCGGCCAGCCUCUGCGGUUCGGCUCGGUGAAGACUAACAUCGGCCAUCUGGAGGCGACAAGUGGCAUCGCAGCCAUCAUCAAGGCAGCCAUGGCCAUGGAGAAGGGAUUUGUGCCCCCGAGCAUCAACUUCGAGACAGGGAGCAAGAAUAUUCCCUUUGACAAGUGGGACAUCAAGGUCCAGCAGCAGCUGGAGCCCUGGCCCCAGAUAGCACCACGGCGUGCAUCCAUCAACAAUUUCGGGUACGGGGGCUCGAAUGCACAUGUUAUACUGGAGGGCUGGUCAGGGGGAGUGAAUGGUGCGAGCAAGCGGCCAGAAUCGUCCACCAACGGAGAUGCGGUGGGUCGUACUGAUUCUGGCACCGUUGUCAAGCAUGGACAUGGGCUGCUGCCUCGCGUCUUCGUCCUGAGCGCAAAGGACGAGAGCGUAGGCCGAGCGAUGGCGACGCGGCUGGGCGCGUAUGUUGCUGAGAGUGCGCUCGAGGACGACGAGCUGCUGGGCCGCCUGGCCUACACGCUGAGCGAGCGUCAAUCGCGCUUCCCCUGGACCGUUGCGACCUCGGCAGCCAGCCGGGAGGAGCUGGUGAGCAAGCUCUCCUCUUCGGCACCGCCGCCUCAGCGAUCUGCCAUGGCGCCUAGGCUUGGCUUUGUCUUUACCGGCCAGGGCGCCCAGUGGUACGGGAUGGGCCGGGAGCUGAUCGGGGUGUACCCGGUCUUCACGGACACCUUGCGUGAGGCUGACGGAUAUCUUUGCGAGAUGGGAUCGCCCUGGUCGCUGAUGGAUGAGCUGAAGAAAGACGAGACCAAGAGCCGGGUGGGCGAGGGAGCGAUCGGGCCACCACUGUGCAUAGCCCUACAGGUGGCACUGUUCCGGCAGCUGGGAGCAUGGGGAAUCAAGCCGACGGCGAUGACGAGUCAUUCGAGCGGCGAGAUCGCGGCGGCCUGUGCAGCGGGCGUGCUGAGCCUGCGAGAGGUGAUGGCGAUGGUGUACGCGCGGGGGCAGCUGCUGGACGAGCUGAACCAGCAGUCAGCGCGACAGGGCGGGAUGAUGGCGGUAGGUCUGGGAGCAGAAGAAGCGCAGCAGCGAGCAUCCCGGCUGAAGAGAGGGUCGGUCGCGGUGGCGUGUCUGAACAGCCCAUCGAGCGUGACGAUGGCGGGCGACCAAGAGGCGAUGGAGGAGCUGCGAGAGCAGCUGGAGGCCGAGGGAGUGUUUGCGCGGCGGCUGAACAUGACGGUGGCCUUCCACUCGCACCACAUGGACACGGUCGGACCGGCAUACCUGAAGGCGCUGCGACAGACGCUCGGGCAACCGGGCAGCUUUGGCGACCUCGUGUACGCAUCACCAGUGACAGGCAGCCGGCUGGCCGAUGCGACGGUCAUGGGACCUGAGUACUGGGUACGCAGCAUUGUGCAGCCGGUGUUGUUUGUGGACGCUCUCCGGGCAGUGUGUGUGGACGAGGUCUCGGGAGGGCCGAUCGACAUGCUGGUCGAGAUCGGGCCUCACCGCGCUCUGGCCGGGCCCAUUCGCCAGUGUCUCCGGCUGCCCGAGUUCGGCGGCACAGACAUUGCAUACGGGUCCUGUCUGGUCCGUGGCGAAGACGCGGUGCGGACGAUGCAGGUCCUGGUGUCAUCGCUGGUCGCGAAGGGCUAUGCGGUCGAUCUGGACGCGGUCAACUGUCCGGGCGGCCAUGCGGGCCCGAUGGCGAUGUUGGUUGACCUGCCGGCGUAUCCGUGGGCUCACACGACGCGGUACUGGUGGGAGUCACGCAUCAACAAGGCGCACCGACAGCGCCGGGAACCGUGUCAUGAUCUCCUGGGCGCCCGGGUGUUGUCGGGCGGCAACCCGUCCAACACGACGUGGCGACACUUUUUCCGCGUGGCCGACCAGCCAUGGACGCGCGAGCACGUGGUGCAGGCCGAGAACGUGUAUCCCGGGGCUGGGAUGAUGUGCAUGGUGGUGCAGGCGAUGCAGCAGAUGUCGUCAGCGAGCGACCAGCAGCCGACCGGCUACCGGUUCCGCGAUGUCGACAUGCCGACGGCCCUGAUCGUACCCGAGACGCUCGACGGGAUCGAGGCGCAGCUCUGCCUGCAGGCGGCCAGCCUAGCCAUUCUCGGGCUUCAGACCUGGCGCCGCUUCUCGCUGCACAGCACCGACGGCGACGGCGGCUGGACAUACCACUGCAGCGGCCUCGUGGCGGCUGUCGUGGAGACCAGCCCGGACAGUCCGUCGCCGUGUGCCUGUGCCACCGGCUUUUUUGUCGACACGAACCCCGGCGAUCUGUUCCGGUACUUUCGCUCCGUCAGCAUCGUCCAUGGUCCCACGUUCCGGAACCUCUGCACGCUCGGCCAUGCGCCCGGCCAGGCCGUGACCGAUAUCGUCCUGGCCGACGAGACCGACGUGAUGCCUGGCCACUACCAGCAGGACCAUGUGAUGCAUCCGACCACGCUCGACUCCGUCUUUGUCACCGCCUACGCCUCGCUCCCGGGCUGCGGCGCGCGCAUGCAGACGGCCAUGCUGCCUCGCACGAUCAAGAGCAUGUUCGUCUCGACGGCCGUCAGUGCCGUGCCCGGCGACAGGCUGCACGCACACGCGGUCCUGCACGAGCACAGCGACCAGGGCUUCUGCGCUUCCAUCGAGGUGCGGAGCGGCACGGGACACGAUGGUCCCAUCGUCGUGCAGGUGGAAGAGAUCACGUGCCAAUCGCUAGGAGAAUACCGGACCCAAGACAGCCAGGACGACAACAUCUGCUUCGCCGUGCGCUGGGAGGAGGACCUUGCCCUGACGAGCCUGUCGGAUCUAGCGCGCAGGCUGACGACAUCGCGCAGCCGCUCAGAGGUCAACAGCUGCAGCCGCGUGCAGCGGGCGUGUCGCUACUUUGUGCAGGACGCCCUCUCGUUCCUGUCCAGCCGCGACAUCCCCGCUCUGCCGGUCCAUCUCAGGCGAUACUAUGCGUGGAUGAAGGAACAGACGACAGGAACAGCUUCGCCCACACAGGAGCAUGACGACAAGGAGAGUCUCUUCCAAGCCGUGUCUGCCGAGAGCGUGGAGGGAGAGAUGAUUUGUCGCAUCGGACGGAAUCUCUUGCGAAUUCUGCGCCAGGAAGUCACGGCCGAGGAGCUCCUGCAGCAAGACCAGCUGAUGCAUCGCUACGACGGAGACAGCCUUCGGAUGCGUCGCUCACACCAACACGUCGCCCACCUGGUGACGCUGCUGACGCACAAGAACCCACACGUCCGCAUCCUGGAGCUAGGUGUCGGCACGGGCGCAUGUGCCGAGGCCGUCCUGUCUGUCCUGAGCAGCAGCAGCGAGAGCACAGGGCCCCGGUUCAUGUCCUAUGACGUGUCCGAUACCUCGUCCGACCGCUUUGACGAGGCCAGGCAAAACCUGGAGGCAUGGGACGGUCUCUUGACCUACCGCACCCUCAACACAGAAUUCGACCCGGGAGAGCAGGGUUUCGAGCUGGCAUCAUACGACAUCAUCAUCGCACGUCAGGCCCUAGACGUCUUGGCCCCUGUGCGAAGCCUGCUCCGAGAUGGCGGUAUGCUCAUUCAGGUCGAGAGGACGCGCGAUGCCAUCGACCUGCACCUGGUCCAUGGACUGCUCCACGAGUACAACCAACACAGCCCGGUCCUGGCUACGGACAUUCGGAAUGCUGCUCUUCGCAAUGCCGGCUUCAGCGACCUUUGCAUCCAGAUCAGCGACUGCCAAGACGAGGGAAGCGAGGCCUUUACCGUAGGCAUGGCCACAGCGGUGUCUCCAGUCACGAAUACGAAUACAAAUACAAAUACAAACGCUUCCGGCUCUGGGAUUCUGCUGACGCACAGCCAACCGAUCCCGCCUGCCUGGCCUCGGACAUGGCUGCGCCGGCUGCAGGAUGGCCUGCGAGACGCGCAGCAGGGUGAGGUGACGGUUGAGGGACUCGAGACGGCGCAGCCGGCGAACCGGCUCUGCAUCUUCGUGGACGACGCCGAGAACCCAGUCCUGAUGCAGCCGACCGAGCCGGCCUUUGCUCGCAUGCAGCAUCUGUGCACGACAGCCAGCGGCGUCCUAUGGAUCGCACAGGGCGGUGCAGCCGGCUGCGAGAAUCCCUUUGCGGCCCUGCAUCUGGGCUUCCUGCGCACGCUGCGCAGCGAACACGCCCACAUCCGGUAUGUGUCCGUGGACCUCGACGCCGGUCCGGAUGCAUGGUCUGUCGCUGCUGCCGAUGCGCUGCUCGCCAUCCUGACGACUGCCUUGGACCCGUCGCGCGACCGGGCCUCGCUCGAUUGCGAAUAUGCCGUCCGGGGUCGUUCCGUCUUGAUCCCGCGGCUCUACGAGAGCGUGACCGAGACCGAGGCCAUCCGCCACCAGAGCGCCGACACCACCGAGCCGCUGUCGUUUGCACAGCCCAGCCGUCCGCUCCGGCUGGGCGUCGGUGCCCCCGGCAUGCUGGACAGCCUCCGGUUCGAGGACGACCCCGAUGUCCACACAGACGACUUGGCCGGUGGUCUGGUCGAGAUCGACCCGCAAGCCUUUGGCCUCAACUUCCGCGACGUCAUGGUGGCCAUGGGCCAGCUCGACAGUCGUCUCAUGGGCUUCGAGUGCAGCGGCAUCAUCACCCGGCUCGGUCCCGAUGUGCCCGACAGCUUGUCCGUGGGCGACCGCGUCUGUGCCCUUCUGCGCGGACACUGGGCCACGCGCACUUCGGUCCACUGGUCGAGUGUGGCGCGCGUGCCCGACGACAUGUCCUUGGCCGUCGCCGCCUCCGUGCCCGUCACCUUUGUCACCGCAUACUACGCCCUGCACGUCCUCGCACGCAUCCAACCCGGGGACACCGUCCUGAUCCACGCCGCGGCUGGAGGCACCGGUCAGGCUGCCCUGAUGCUGGCCAAGCACGUCGGGGCUGUCAUCUACGCCACGGCCGGCACGCCGGAAAAGCGCGACUUUCUAGUUGGCCGAUAUGGCAUCCCGGCCGAUAACGUCUUCUCCAGCCGCGACAAGUCCUUCGCCGCCGGCAUUCAACAGGCCACUGCCGGUCAGGGCGUCGAUAUCGUUCUCAACUCGCUCGCUGGUGACCUCCUGCACGAGACCUGGUCCUGCAUCGGCCAGUUCGGCCGCUUUGUCGAGAUUGGCCGCCGCGAUAUGGAACUCAACCGCAGCUUGCAGAUGCAUCCCUUCACCCGUGCCGUCACCUUCUCGGCCGUCGAUCUGAUCAAGCUCGGCGAGCUGCGCCCAGACACCGUCCAUGCCGCUCUCUCGGCCGUCAUGCAGCUCUUCCGCCAGGGCGCCAUCCAGCCUGUCGCCCCCAUCACUACCUACCCCCUCGCCGACCUGGAAAGGGCCUUCCGCACCAUGCAGGCCGGACGCCACCUCGGCAAGAUCGUCGUCGUCCCCCACCAAAACGAUAUCGUGCCCGUCAAGAUCCGGACCUUUCACUUGUCGCCUGCCGCCUCCUACCUGGUCGUUGGCGGCAUGGGUGGCAUCGGCCGUUCCGUCACACAGAGACUAGUCGAGCGUGGAGCCCAGCACAUCAUCCUGCUCUCGAGACAGGCCGCGUCGCGCCAGAACGCCCCCUUCCUCGAGGCUAUGCGCGCUUCCGGCAUCGACAUCGUCGCCUUCGACACCGACAUCGCAGACGGUCCGUCCUUGGCCGAGACCAUCCAGACAGCCAAGGCCAUCAUGCCACCCAUCCGGGGCGUCAUCCAGAGCGCCAUGGUCCUGCGGGACUCUAUAUUCGAGAACAUGACAUGGCAAGACUGGAUUGCCGCCGUCCGCCCCAAGGUCCAGGGCACGUGGAACCUGCAUCGUCAGUUUGCCCAGCCGGACGAUCUCGACUUCUUCAUCACGCUCUCGUCCGCCUGCGGUGUCGUGGGCAACGCCGGCCAGGCCAACUAUGCUGCCGGCGGCACCUUCCAGGACGCCCUGGCGCGGUACCGCCACGCGCGUGGCCUGGCUGCCGUCUCGCUCGAUCUGGGCCCGGUCGCGUCUGUGGGAUACGUCGCCGACAACGAGGCCGUCACGAACAGCCUGAAGCGCCAGGGCUUCCGCACCGUCGAGCAGGAAGAGAUUGUUGUCGGCCUGUCCGUCGGUGGCGACAUCAGCAGGGAGGACGCGCCGCUAGCCAUUGACGUCCGCUUCGCCAGUUUGCGACGUAUCUCGACAGCGGCCAGUCCCAACCGCAAAGGCGACGCCGCGUCCAGCUUGGCGAGCGCCCUCCCCCAGGCCAAGUCCUGGAAUGAUGCCGUCCAGGCUGUCUGCGCUGCCAUCGUCGAGAAGCUCACCCGCAUGCUCACGCUGUCCGAGGCGGACAUUGACGUUCGCAUGUCCGUGUCCCAUUACGGCGUCGACUCGCUCGUCGCCGUAGAGCUGCGCAACUGGAUCAGUGCUUCUCUGCACAGCGAAAUCUCCGUCUUUGACAUCAUGCAAGCCCGGUCCAUCACUGGCCUGGCGCAGUCGACGUGUGCCAAGAGCAAGCUGGUUAGCGAUAACCUCAAACCGGCUUAG